ACUCUGAACACUUUACCACUAUGAGCAUAAAAGUAUUUUGACUCUAUGUCAAAUUGUGCAUCACUUCAGGAUUUUUCAGUCAGUACGUUUUAAUCAGAAAAAAAUUCUCUACAAGAUACACUAGGUCCCGUCACUGGCGCCAAACUUCGUGUAAAAAGUGGUAUGUUACAGAUGGAUUUGCUCUUAAGUAAUUCUUUUUUAUUUCAUUAAAUCACUUGCCCAUCUAUUUCUCAUGUUUCUUAUUAUUAUACUAGUACGGCAAAAUAUUGGACGUUUUCAUUUUAAGUUGAUUUAAAUUCAUGAAUUCACUAAAUUAUUUGAAUAUGCUUAUAAUAAUAAUAAUAAUAAUAAUAAUAAUAAUAACGUCCCAUAGGCUUAUCGCCCGUUGGGGCCGGCCGCGGUUAUUAUUGUUAUUAAUCUCCACAUGCAGCCGGGUUCUUUUGUCUUUUCUUUUUACAGACGGCGGUAUCUGCACCCUCUUCCGUCCAACAUACUGACUAAAGAUGUAGUCAGUACGGAUGACUCAUGUGGAAUGAGUCAUUUUUUAGACAACUUAGCCGUUAGUGACUUGUCCAGGGUCAUUCCAUGAAAGAUGAUACUGAGGUUUGAACACAGUACCUUGUGGGUGCGUGUCGAACAACGUAACCACUCAACCAUGGCGGCCAAUAUGCUUAUACAUUAUACUAAAUACAUUUGAUUCUAGUAAAUCUGAUAUAGGUGAUAUUUUUCUUGUGGUUACGUCUGAUGAUGGUGUCUGUAAAUAGAUACUGAAAUACCACAUGGUGUAUUGAGAAUAACAUUAACUGCUAUUAUAUUUAUUUUUUAUUUUAUUGCAUUAUUGUGAAGAAUUUUUUUUAAAACGAUUUUUACAUCUUUAAUGUUUAGAUAUUCAGUAUACACAUGAAAAUUCGAACAAUCAGCUUGUUAUAAAUGAAAAACCUCAUUCAACACAUGCACGAUUAACAACAUGAUAAGUUACACAAGAACACGCAUGUUGUAUCUUUUUUUAAUAGCAAAGAGUUAAUUGAUGGUGAUAUUGUUGUUGAAGACAAUGAUGAUGUUGAUAAAGAAAACCUAUUUACAGAUGAUAAUGACAAUCAAUCUGUAUUAGCAAAUGAUUAUCAACGUGAGGAUUAUGGUGAUUAUGAUGGCGAUGAUGAAGAUUACAAUGAUAAAACAAAUGAUGAUAAUUUUGACGAUGUGACAAUGACAAUGAUCAUGAUAAAAAUGAUUGAUGAAGAUGGCAAUGCUGUUGAUGUCGAUGAUAAUGAUGACAAUUAUGAUAUUUCAACAUCUGUCAAUUCACAAGAUUUUUUAUAUGAUUAUUGGAGAGAAGAUGCUGAAGUUGAUCCCAAUGAUCCAACAUUAACAAAAGAACAGCAAUUAACCUUAUCUGUAUUGACUAAAUGUCGUAAACUAAUUGAUAUGAUUCGAAAAUCUUCAAUUUUAACUUUGUAUUUUAAUAAACAUCGUACAGAAUUAAAAGAAACUCGCAACGUACUUCGUGAUAUUUGUACACGUUGGAAUUCUUCAUAUACAAUGAUUGAUUCAUUAAAGACCUUUCGACUGAUAAUUGAAAAGUUAUACAAUGAUAAACAUCGUUUAAAUAUAAAAAAUGAUCAAGUCGAAAAAUUAAAUGAAUUGGAAAUUACUAGUGCUGAAUGGAAUCAUUUAAAUCAAUUACAUCAUGUUUUAGAAGUUUUUUAUAACGCUACGAAUAUUGUUUCUGGAAAAAAGUAUCCUUCAAUGAGUUCGGCUUAUUUCAUCUUUAUCAAAUUGAAAUCAUUCCUAAUUAAAGACUCACAGGAUAAUGUGACUGUUAAAAGAUUGAAAAAAUCAUUAUUAUCAAAAAUGAUUCAUUAUUUUGAAGAAGAUGAAGUUCAAUUAAAUCUUUUAAAAUUUCAUAGUUAUUUUGAUCCAACUGGAUAUCGAGCUUUAUCUGAUGCUGAUAAACGAUCAAUCGAAUAUGAUAUCAAACAAAUGUAUGCUGAUGAUCCAAUAAAUAUCAAUAGUUCAUCGCCAUCAUCAUUAAGAACAGCUGAACUAGUUAAUUCAGAGACGAAUUCUACAUCUAAUACAACGGCAACAACAGCUCUUACAAAUUCAUCAUCAUCAUCAAAAAUUUAUGUGAAUAGAAAACUUACAGCCAUGGAAACAUUUUUGAACAGUGUUGGUGACCACAUUGUCCAGAAUAACACUUCUACUUCACGCACAACAAUAAUUGAAGAACUACGUAAUUAUCGAUCAUUAGUUAAUAAGUAUAACACUCAAAAUCUACCAGAUACAUCUUCUUUUCUUACAUUUUGGAAAACCUAUGAAUUUACAUUGCCUUACCUUUUCAAAUUAGCACAAAAAUUUGGAUGUACACCAGCAACUAGUGUUCCUGCUGAAUCAGCAUUUUCAAUAGCAUCUUUUGUUUACAGAAAAGAACGAUCACGAUUAUCAGCAAAAAACUUAGAAGCCACCGUUUUCUUAAAAACUACCAUGGAUGAUCAACGCUGUUUUGAUGCUUUUGAUGGAGGACUUGAUUCAGAUUUUAAAGAUAAAAAAAGUAAAGAAAACCGUGAUCAUGAUAGCGUUCUGACUAAACCAUGUAUACACAAUGAAGCUGAAAGUGAUGUAACGUCAUCACCAUCAGAAUAUCGAGAUGUUAUUAAUGUUUUACCUGAUUAUUCAAUAAUGACGGGACAAUAUAAGGCGAGUAUUCAUUCCAAACUGGUAGCACCAGAAGUUGAUAAAUCUGAUCUUGAUUACUUACAUAAAUUAAUGAUUCAUAAAGAUGAUAUUUGA